CCCCACAGCCUCAAAUAUAAAUACGACAACCUCAAACACUGUCUUCCUCUCUUCAAAAUAUCGCCACCCCCGAAAUUCUCGUCUCAGUUGGCCCCGUAACUCCUUCACACCCACACCCUCUGUUCCUCUGUUGAACUUCCCAGCUCGGCAUUGCAAUUUCUCUCCGUGGAGUUCUCGUUCUUAUCUCCAAAUUAUCGUGUGUCAGUGUUUUUGUAUGACAUUGUAGUGCUUCAUUGUAACUGACAGAGCAUGUGUGAGCUGUGCGUAGCGCAAUCUUUGUUGUUUUGUUGCAUUGACAUGGAACUCGACAAUUAGGUUUGGGAUCCCAAGCAAUUUGGCAUGUGGACCGAUUUCAUCAUUUUCAUGGCCAUGCGGAAAACGACAACGUAGCAAGCACGGUUUUCGUGGUGGUGGGGGUGGGGUGCGCCUCCGAAAGCGAAACAAAAGCGUGUGCUUGUGGUGCAGACGAACUGUCCAUCGAUGAGGCCGAGGGAAGAGAAGGAGCGAGUAUAAAGAGGACCGAAACCUGAAGCUUAGAACAAGAUCAUAGAAGAUUCCUUAGUGUGUGUGAGAGAGUGUGUACAGAGAGACAAAGCACAAGAAGAAGCAGUUGAGGUUCCCUUGUACCACUGAAGGGUAGUUGUUUCUCUCUCUAGAAGCUGGUGAGUGAGUCGGACUCGGACUCGGUCUCGGACUCGGUGGUGCUUAGCUUUUUGGUUUUGGAGUGUUAUCUCGGAGAACGGGGAUUGAUUGCGAUUUACACAAAAGAUAAAGAGAGAAGAGGAAGAGAAUCACAAGAGUAGACGGGUGCGUGAGGGACGUGUCAGAAAACUUCGGCUUCGACACGCUUUGCUUCUUUUAUUUUCGAUUUCUGUACGAUAAAGCACCAACCCACAUUAUUAUUACUUAUUACCUUCUAUCGCUGCUUGCAGCAGUAAGAGAAACACAAAAAAAAGUGAGGAUCAGUGAGAAGUGGUGGAAAUGUUUACAUGCAUAGCGUGUACGAAGCAAACGGCGGAGGAAGGGGAAGAAGGUUGUGAGAGUGGCACGUCGAGUACAAAAGAAGUUGUCAAAAGUCUGAGUGCGCAGUUAAAGGAUAUGGUACUGAAGUUUUCAGGUUCUUACAAGCAGUGCAGACCUUGCACAGGGUCCAGUGCCUACAAGAAAGGACAGAGGCCAUAUCCUGACUUUGACACCAUUUCAGAAGGGGUUCCAUACCCCUAUAUUGGAGGAGCAAGCUCAACUUCAACCCCUGCUUGGGACUUCACAAGCUCCUAUAUCCCUGGUGGUAGAUCAGACCAAAGAUUUAUGGGUGGCUUGAAUGGUGAUAGGACCUCUAGAGGCCCUGAGUCAGCACCAGCAUGUGAUGUUGUUGUUGAGGAAGAGGAUGAAACCAAGGAGUGGAUGGCACAGGUGGAACCAGGUGUUCACAUUACCUUUGUGUCUCUUCCUAAUGGUGGAAAUGAUCUCAAAAGAAUUCGCUUCAGCCGAGAGAUUUUUGACAAGUGGCAAGCUCAAAAAUGGUGGGGUGAGAAUUAUGACAGAAUCAUGGAGCUUUACAAUGUCCAGAGAUUCAAUCGACAAGCUCUUAACACUCCUUCCAGAUCUGAGGAUGAGCAAAGAGAUUCUUCUUACUCAAGACUGACAUCUGGACAAGAAAGCCCGGGGUCGAUGUCGUUGAAGGAAUGGACACCAAGGAAUCACUAUAAACCCUCAUUGAAUAACCAAUCUGAAGCUAUGGAUCAAGGUGGUGGUCCAAACUUCCCAGCAGGAUCAUCUGUGGAAGCAUCUAGGACAACCACUUCUUCUAGAGACGAGCCUUCAAUGAGCAAUGCUAGUGACCUGGAGGCAGAAUGGAUUGAGCAAGAUGAACCUGGAGUGUACAUCACGAUCAGGCAACUAGCUGAUGGAACCAAGGAGCUUCGUCGUGUCAGAUUCAGCCGGGAGAGAUUUGGAGAGGGGCAUGCAAAGAAAUGGUGGGAAGACAACAGAGAAAGAAUACAAGCUCAAUACCUUUGACGUUUGGUGGCCUUGAAGAGAAUGUCCCAAGCAGGUAGAAUCCUCAAUUUUGUUUCCUAGAGAUUGUAGUGUAGUUGACUCCAGUUUAUAAGUGGAGUUCUAUGAAGAAUUAAGUUGUUGAUACUCUCAAACAAUGCAAGUCACGCAUUGUCAUGGUAUUGGAAACUAUAGGCUACCUGGACAACCUAUGUAGAACGAAGUUUACAGAACAAAAGAGUUGUUUUCACAUUUGAAUCAGAGGUGAGGCGAGUCAUCAUGUUUUAUUUCAAGAUUUAAGGUGCUUGUUAAUAUGUUAUUUUCCCAUCUUAUGGGUAGAUAGGUCUAUCUUGAUUCCAGCAACCUGGUAACUAUUCUAGAUCAUGAAAAGUGAGCAUUUGUACAAAAAGAAAGACAUUUGGAAAUUGGAUCUGAUUUGUAAGCAA